CAACGCAAUGGCGAUGCUGGCGCCAGCUGCAACGGCACCUACGCUCCGUGGUGUUCCAAGCCACACGGUGUCACUGAGCAGUUUCGGCCGUGGCGUGCGAGGGCAAAAAGCUGUGGGAGGCGUGACUGCGGAAUGGUCCAGAUGGCCUUGGGCCCUGGCAACUGCGGGGGCCACCUGUGCUGCUUGCCUCAGCAGAUCCACCCCGUCGGCUGCGGCAGUGGUCAGUGCGAGCCAAGGGAAGAAGACGCGCCGCUUCUGGUGGACUCUGUGCGCGUUGGUUCUGCCAUUUCUGGUGGCUUCGGCGCCGGCACGUGCUGAGAGGUGGGAUGACCUCAGCCAGCGCUAUGCCCCAGACAGUCCACCGGUCCAGACAGAGUCGACCAAGGUGGAGUUAGCCUUGGCCAAGCAUCUCAAGGAGAAGGGCGUCUUGAUAUUUUGCACCUGGUACUCCAGAGAAUGUCAGGAGCUGAGAGAGCUCUUCGGAAAACAGGCCGCGGAGCUGGCACCCUUUGUGGAGUGUGUGGACAAAGAUCGGAACUUCCUGUCAGAUGAUUGCCCGCGCCAGUCCGCCAAUUUGGUUUUCGAUCGUAAGUCGAAUGGAGAUUUUCCUCUUUGGCUCAUCGCUGACAAGUACUACUAUGCACAGGACGAGAUUUCCCUGCCAGAUGCCGCGCGGUUGACCAACUUCCGGGACUUUCCCUCGUCGGAGAUUCGCACGGAGGCCGAUUUUCUGAGCACUCGCUACAUCUGGUCCUGAACUGGUCUGGUUAUAGUGCAGUUCCAAAGAGACGCUGAAGAAAGUCUGGUACUGAGGCAAACCCAAUGAUGGAGCAUCCCCAAUUUGAC